AUGUCCGCCGACGACAAACGGCCCAGCCUCUCCGGCUCGGACGUAUCGAAGAAAGCCACGAAGCUUGGUGUCGUUUCGGGUGUCUAUAUUCCCGUCUACCUCAACAUCCUGAGCAUUCUCAUGUUCCUGCGAUUUGGCCUCAUCCUUGGGCAGCUCCCAGGUCUGCUCAUCACAGCGUACCUCGUCGACUUCUUGACCACGCUGUCUCUAUCUGCCAUCGCGUCCAAUGGCGAGGUCAAGGGCGGCGGUGCCUACUACCUCAUCUCGCGCUCUUUGGGGCCCGAAUUCGGCGGCUCGAUUGGAGUCUUGUUCUAUCUCGCCCAGGUGCUCAACACGGCCCUCAAUGUUGUGGGCCUUAUCGACUGCGUCAGGAUGAACCUGGGGCCGGCCUUCCCUCAGGGCUACUGGACAAUCUACGGCUUCGAAACCGCUGCUUUGCUUGUCUGCACCGCUCUCGGCUUGGCCGGGAGCAGCAUCUUUGCCAAGGCGAGCAAUGGCCUCCUCGUCAUCUUAACAUUGGCCAUCCUGAGCAUACCUGUUUCGGCCAUCUUCAAGACUCCUUUCCGAGAUGACGACCUGGGUAUCGAGUUUACGGGCGCCAGCCUACAGACGCUGAUAGACAACUUUGUCCCCCACACCCAAGGCGCUGCGUACAAGGGGUUCGAAACAUUCCGCGAGCUCUUUGGCAUCCUUUUCCCGGCCACAUCCGGCAUCUUUGCGGGUGCGUCCAUGUCUGGUGACUUGCGCAAUCCAAGCAAGGCCAUCCCCAAAGGCACGCUUUGGGCCAUGCUCACCACAUUCAUCGCCUACUUGGUGGUCAUCUUCUCCCUCGCUGCGAGCACGACGCAUGCAUCGUUCCUUCGCAACACCAAUGUCAUCUCUCUGACGAAUCUCUCUGCCCCUCUGAUCCUCGCAGGAGAGUGUGCCGUCACAUUCUUCUCCGCCGUCAUGGGCCUCAUUGGGGCGGCCAAGCUGAUGCAGGCCCUCGCCAGAGACCAACUCUUACCCGGCCUCACCGUGUUCGGCAAGGGGACAAAAAAGGCGGAUGAGCCUGUCGUGGCCAUCAUGUUGACAUAUGCUAUUGCCCAAAUAGCCAUGCUUGCCAACUUGAACCAGAUCGCCACCUUGAUCUCCAUGGGAUACCAGAUGACCUUCUUCGUGAUGAACCUCGCCUGCUUUCUACUCAAGAUUGGGUCGGCACCCAACUUCAGGCCAGCUUUCAAAUUCUUCAGCUGGCAGACGGCAUUCGCUGGCAGCAUCUUGUCGGCCGCGGCCAUGUUCUUCAUUGACGACUCAUACGCAGCAUCUGCCGUCUGUCUGCUCGUGUUCUUGUUCUCGUUGAUUCACUAUCUCAGCCCGCCGAAGAGCUGGGGUGACGUCUCGCAAAACCUCAUCUAUCAUCAGGUGCGCAAGUAUCUGCUUCGACUGCGGCCAGAGCACAUCAAGUUCUGGCGGCCCCAGAUCAUUCUCCUCAUCAACAACCCAAGAUCCCAGACUCGACUGAUUCAGUUUUGCAACUCCAUGAAGAAGGGGUCACUCUACAUCCUAGGCCACGUCAUUGUCACCGAUGACUUCAACACUGGGGUGCACGAAGCCAGACUGCAGCAAGCUGCGUGGACAAACUACAUUUCGGAAAAGUCGAGGAUCAAGGCUUUUGUCCAGUUGACCAUGUCGCCUUCGAUCAACUGGGGCAUCCGAAACUUGAUCUUGUCGGCAGGGCUUGGUGGCAUGAGGCCGAACAUUGCCGUCAUGGGCUUCUACAACAUGGAUGAGCUUCGCAACUCCCGUCCUGCUGUCAAGGUGCCCGAGGUGCCAGCAUCUCCCACAAAGACGCAGAAAUCCCCCUUGAAAUCGAGCAAGGGGCCGCGUAGACGUCGUGGAGAUACUUCUGCGCGCCUACUCGAGGGCUUCUUACCUACCGACGUCAUUCGAACGGAGAGCAUGAUGAGUGUGACGAGUUACAUGACCAUGUUGGAAGACCUCGCCCUACGGUACAAGCUGAAUGUCGCUGUGGGCAAGGGCUUCCAAGCUCUCGAGACGCCCCGAAAGGACAAGGCGAACACGAAAAAGUACAUUGAUCUCUGGCCAAUACAAAUGUCUGCCGAGCUCCUGUCCGACGGCAAGAGCGUACUGACAACCAAUUUUGAUACAUACACCUUGAUUUUGCAAUUGGGCUACAUACUGGAGAGUGUGCCGGCCUGGAAGAGCGCAUAUGACCUACGUAUCAUGGUAUUUGUUGAGUAUGAAAGUGAGCUGGCAGAAGAACGGGCCAGGGUGCAGGCACUUCUUGAUAAGCUCAGGAUCGAAGCCGAGGUCCUCGUUUUCUGGCUAGCUUCGGGCGAGUUGAAGACCUACGAGCUCAUCAUUAAUGGGCGCUCAGAUGACGUCGACACGGACAUCGUCGUCAAUGACGUUCUCUCGAACGAGGAGUGGUGGGACGAUCUUCAAAAGUUCAGGGGUCGCGCCUCCAACAUGAGCUCCAGUCAAGAGCUGAAGUCACUGGCAAGUAUCGUCGAAUCAACUGCAGGCCGACCAGGGGUUUUCAAUCCGCAUGUGCCGCUGGACGAGACUGGCGGCAAGCGACGCACGAGCAUGGUCCAUCUGGGGGAUAUCCCACGCAAGACGCAGGCAUCCAGACUUGGCCGGCUCGGCGUGAGCAUGGGAAUUCACACUUCACAUCUUGGGGACGAAGUUUUUGGAGAGGAUGACGAUGUCCUUGACGAAGAAGACAUGGGCGGAGGAGAGAAUGCGGUCGACAGCUUCGACUCCGACUCGGAUUACCACCAUGUCGACGAACCAGCCACCGAAGACGAGGAUGGCGUCGUAGACAACAGCGAGCUCGCUAGACGCCCUCUUCUUUCUAUCAAGGGUGGUGGCAGAAGUCAGAGCGACGACCUACUCACUAAAAUGCCGUCCGCGAGGAAGCACGCAAAGACGCGCGGCGUAGGAAGAGGGUCGGCAUACGGCACCAUGUCCACCGAAACAACGGCGAAUACACUAUACAACAAGGGAGCAUCUCAGGUCGAGAUCGAUGACCGCCAACCAGACUCGUCCGUGUUAUACACGUCCGAACACUCGAGGCUGCCACGAAACCUGUCAAGCAAAUCGCUACAACCGCCCACGCCUGGCGAUGCCUUCCCAUCGCUCCCGAAUGACACGUCACAGGACGCUUCUGGCGUGCCUACCCCCAUGCGACCACAAUUCUCCCGCCAGUCGUCAGCCGCACGCUUCUCCAGCCGGCCAGUGCCAGAGACCAAGGUUGCAGUCGAAGGCAAUUCGGGCCCGACCAUAAUGUUCGCCGAGCCCACCGCGGGACCCUCCCGGCCAACCUUUUCGCGGCAGUCCUCCAUGGGCAGGUUCCCGACCCAGCCCAGCGGCGACACCAAGAACACCACCGGCACCUUCACUCCGGGCAUCACGUUUGCCGAGCCGGUAUACCACUCCCGGCGAGCGUCGCUUGUUUCGACUGGUGAUCCCGGUGACGUCCAACUGAACAUGGCCGAGAUUAUCGAGCGCUACCGCCUCGAGGCUGGCCCUCACGACUCGGACGAGAGCGGCGGUGCCACCUAUUCGACGCAAGGCGUGGCGCUUUCAUUCAACGACCUGCCUAGUCGCGCGCAGCACCUCAUUCUCAACGAACUCAUGCGCCAGUACAGUGGCGACACAGCCGUGCUGUUCACCACGCUGCCGAUUCCCGCCGAUGGCACGUGCCGUGACGAGGCAGCGAGCGUUCAGUACCUGUCGGAUGUUGAGGUUCUGUGCCAUGAAUUGCCACCCGUUCUGCUCGUGCUGAGCAACAACAUGACGGUGACGGUGGGAUGGUCGCGCUUGCGGCGCAUGAAUCUCAACCGCCUCCUGCUCCCGUCGAGGCCCGCCCAGGGCGAUGCGCCAUUCAAGCCCGUCCACACGCCCGAUCGACCGGAGGCUCCCACGCCGGUGACGGCCGCGCCGUCGGACGAAGAGUGCAUGCGGUUCCUUGAGGCGUUCCGCUCACCCAAGAGUUACGGGUUCUCGUGGGAUGAUGACGACAACCACCAGCCCGCAGCGUGGCCGCUCUCGCAGCCGCUGGAGACGAACGAGGAGACGAACGAGGAGACGGAGGACACGUUUUCGACGAUGAGGGACGCCAGUGUUCCCGUGAUACGACAAGCGAGCGUCGCAGUGGCCGUGGCCGUGGAGCGGUCUGCGGGGUCAAAGGUUGUGAGCGCGGUUGAUCACGCUGAGGACGACCGGAAGGCCAGACGGGCGCAGCGUGCGGUGGGCGUCACGGCGCUGCACGAGGUGCAGACGCGGUCGAAGAUGCUGGCUUCGCACCGCAUGGCGGCGCGGUGUACGUGGCGGAGCUCCGAUUCGGGGUACGGCGCGUCGAGGAGGUCGGACGCUUCGCUUGUCGCUGGGACAGAGAAGGGACGGUGUCCAUCGACAGAGGACAGUGCCGAGGAGGAUUCUGGAGCUAGGGCUGUCUCGGGGCAUGCUUCGCGGCGGAUGACCCGAAUAUUGUCAGUCGAGAACGCAAACGACGACGGCGCCCCGGCGAUGGAUGGUAUACGAUACGCCCGGCGCUCGCAUGUCGUUCACGAGCUCAAGGCCCCGGAUACCCUGAAGCGAGCUGUUCAAGGAAGCCUCCUGGACGAGCGGACUGUCUCGAAGUUCCAAAAUUGGCCAAUCGUGGAGAAGCGGCGGACUGUCGCUGGGCGAGGCAUUGAUUUGUACGCAGACUGGGCUGAGUAUUACUUUGAGACGGGGAACUUUGAGGGUCCAGGUUCGGAGCGGAGAAGCCUGGGGGGCACAGUCAAGACAACAGGCGGCGAGACCGUGGAGAAGAGGGAGACCGCGGAGAAGAGGGAGACGGUCUGGGAAGACUUUGUACCGGAAAGUCCUUUGGCGGAUGAGUUUGUUCUCGAUCGGCGGGGGAGUACUGAUGCUCUGUCGUCCAGAGGCAGUGUUCGUAUUGGGUCUUUCUUCUCGGAUGAUAGUGAUUCUGAUUGA